AUGUACCUCUGCCAGGCUGACCUGUGCACAUUUGGCUUGGAGAGUAAAGAGGGAAUCCCGAUGAAGAAGGGCCUCACACUGCUGACCAACAGUCAGGCUUUUGCGGAUGACUUGACCCGGCGGUGCGAUGGGGACCAUGAACAUCAAAGGAUACAAGGCAGCGAGACGGCCAGAACGGCUAUCUACCCCAACGACUUUGCCAAGGCGGUGGUGAAGGCUUUUGACGCUUGGCGCAACUAUGCCAAGGUUGGGGCGUGGAGUGAGGAUGUCACUACGACCGGGAGGCCUGCCGAUGCACGACAAGCGCAUGAAGCUCCACUACCAAUUGGAGGAGAAGCCAUCAGCUUCAAGGGGAAGAAUCUUGGGCAUCCUCCCAACAGAGAGCUUGUCCGACACUUGAAGAUCGGAGGGGCCAACGAGAACGUGGCAUCUCCUGUGGUAGCCUUCGAUUUCAACGAGAUCGUGCCGGUUGACAUCCUAUGGUUCGACACGGCCGAGAACUCCAAUCACGCUGCCCUGAACGUGGUGGUGGAAGACUUUCUCAUUGUCGACUCCGAGAUUGAUGAGGCUGUGGCGGCAGUUUGCGACUCCAAGAAUUCCCUACGGAAUCGCAGCGGGUUUUCACCACGCCAAUGGGUCUUCGGCCUUAACCAGCGCCUGCCCGGGGAUUCCAAGCAAAGUUUGGACGUCGUGAGUCGUGAGGGCCAGAACUUUUGGCUGGCCCCCGGCUCGGGAGCAGAUCGAGGAGAAUCGCACAUCAAUUGGGAGCCUGUCUUGAACAAAAUGCACCAACAGUGGCAGACCUCAAGUAUACCAAAGCACUAUCACUAUGACUGCGGGCUUUCCCUUCAGAAGAUCGAGGAGAACGCAAUCGCGGUCAUGGCUUACCACGACGCGGCCUGGGGUAAUACGUUACUGGAUGACGAGUGUGGGAAGUAUGUGGGCUUCCAUUGCAUCACCGACUGCAAGAGCCUUUACGACCACAUCCACCGGGAAGGCACGCCGAAGGCCUCAGCAGACAAACGUCUGGUUAUCGAUCUUGCAGCACUACGCCAGGUGUUGGCUCGCGAAGGGCGACUUCAGUGGGAGAAGCAGUAUAACCUGUCCAGUGGUGAUCCUGUGACGCUUGAGAGGCCCUGUAGUCCGCCAUUGCAUUGCCUUCCAGCCGGUGAGCAAUUGGCAGACAUCCUGACCAAAUUCAUGAAGGCUGAAGCCUGGUGGUCCUGUAUCAAGGACGGUACAGUUGCUCUGCCACUGAGAUCAA